GAGAAUAGGAGCCGCGCGAGAAGCACGCCCGUGUUAGAAGUAUGACUCCGUUUUCCAUCGCCAUUUUCCUCCUCGGCCUUUCAUCCCUGGCCACCGCUGCCAACUUGAAUCAAGUCUUCGAGUGGAAUGAAUUGGACUACGAGUGGCCGUCGGAGGAAAGCAGGGCACAGACCAUGCCCGCUGGGAUUGUCAAACCAACGAAAAUCAAACCUUUUUACAUGGCUGUCUACGGAUCAAGGCUCUUCCUCAGCCUGUUAAGAGACGAUAGCACACCGGUGACUCUGGUGUCUUUGCCGACGAGCAGCGCAAACUCUGAGUCUCCGAAGCUCACUCCUUUCCCCUCCUUGGAGAAGCACGAUUUUGGAAACUGCGAAAAAAUUGAAGAAGCGUCAGGACUGCAAAUUGACUCCACUGGAAGGUUGUGGGUGCUCGAUGAGGGAAGCUACGACUGCGCUUCCAAAUUAUGGACGAUCAACUUGGCCAUCUACGAUCACACCAAACUAAUUCACCGGUUUCCCUUUCAAAAUUUGAUUCACGACUUUGUGCUCGACGAAACGCCCAACGGAACCUUCGCCUACAUCUCGCAGUUGGCUGCCCAACACAUUGUCGUGUUUAGUUUGGAGAGAAAUGAAUCUUGGAAUCUGGACACGCCAGGAAAACAGCUUUUAUCCAUUGCCUUGUCCCCUAAGGAGAAAUCGAGAAAGUUCUACGUCAGCAACUACCACUCCAGUGAACUCUAUUCACAUUCCGUGGCCGCACUUCGGGAAGGAAUUCGAACUGCAAAUCCGGAACUAAUCGGAAACUGGACCGCAGAGCCAUAUAGAAUGCUAAUGGACAACCACGGGACCGUAUAUGCCACCUUUUGGGGGAAGAAUUACUUAUCUUCUUGGAACUCUUCCCAGCCGUUUGCUGAGCAGCGUUUUCAUGAGGUCGCUGGACUGAAAACUGAUUGGCCAUUUACUUUCGCCUUGGACCAAAGUGGAAACUUUUGGUUGAUGAUGUUUGACGACAAAAGAAAGCCAAGAUACAGGCUAUUGAAGGCUGUGGGCGAAGCAACAUCCUUCAAGGCCACACCGUAAUAGAUGGAGCAAGCGGUGGAGAGGAAAAUGUUGCGGAAAACGCCUCCCAAAGUGCGAAGAAUACUGAUCAGCUCGAGCGUAGUCUUCGUUUUCCUCUUGGCCAUAGCCAUUUUGUAGUCUCACUAGCAAGCUUGAAUUUUUUUCAGUUCAAAUAAAGGGAAUUUUGUUAUUUGUAGAUAAAUGGGCAGUCUCUUGACCCUGCAUUACUCUUGAACUAACAGUAAAAAGGUCAUGUCAGUUGGAAGCAUCUCUCCGAUUCUGUUCGAUAAAGAUUCUUUGUAACAGUUAAAAAAUUUUCAUCAUGCUUUUAGG